CAGAAAUUUUAACCAUUCGCGCCUUUGGAAAAAUUCACAUUUUGUACAGUCAAAACAGAACUUGGGGUAAAUUUGAGGGUCGAUCAGCAAAUAAAUAGAAAAUAGCACUCAUAUCUUUUCGAAUAGUGAACAAUGAAUAUCUGCGCGGAGGGCGGGGCGGCCGGGAUGAACAAUUUACAUUUUACGGCCACUUGCGAUAUGUUGGAUCUGGACCCGGCGAUCAAGUUGAAGGCACUUGCCGCCUUUCAACAAUCGACCAGCGAUGGCGGGCUAACCGAGAAGCGGGAUGUGCAAGAAUGGCUCUGCUGUGCCGUCUAUUGUGAGCUGCAGCGGGUGAAGAUCAAGGACAUGCUCGAUGCCAAACUCAUCACCGACUAUCCAACGAAUGCAGCGGAAAAGGCAGGCACCAGCUGCUGGAACUUGUCGCUGACCAAAUUACUCGCGGCAUUCAAGGUGAACAUUAAUCAGUUUAUGGAGAGAAUGAAGCAAUGGAACGUGCUGGUCAAGAACGAAAAGGUCUUUCAGCAGGAGAUCGACGAUCUGCAUAGACGGCUAUGCAUGACCCUAAUCAUUAGGAAACACUACCAGCGCGUAUUCGAUCGCCUGUUCGUACUGCCAGAGGAGGACACUGAGAACGUAGAGGCUCGUUCCAUCCACACAUCACUGUACGAGUUUGGCUGGCUUCUGUUUUUGACCAUCCGAAACGAGCUGCCCGGCUUCGCCACCUCGAAUCUGGUGAGUGGCUGUCAGGUGCUCAUCUGCACUUUGGAGCUUCUCUACGUGAAUGCCUUGGAGAUGGGUAAUGCCUGGGUGAUUAACAGGAGGUUUCCAGGUGUGCCCAGAAAAUGGGGCAGCGAUGACUUUGACGAUGGCCUGCUCCUCCGGUACAGUGCACUGGAGGAAAUCUGCUCACUGAUCCCAGAUCUGCCGCGGAAGGGUGUGCGUGUCAUGAAGAACGCCUUCUUCCACAAGGCUCUGGUGGUGCUCUUCUCGGAUCAGAAUCUGCUGGGCAACGACACCUUCAUGCGGGAGAUCAUUAAGGAGGGCCUCUUGGACGUCAAUUUGGCUACUCUAAACCGGAACUACACGAACCAUGUGGCCGACAUCAGUGAGAUCGAUGAACGGUUUCUGUCUUGCAGCAAAAAAACGCCGCCCGUGAGGUAUAAACCUAGGGUUCCUUACCGCUACAAGCAGCUUCAAAAGCUCCCCAAGGCGAUGCCUUCGGUGAUCACAGAAGCCUUGGACCCAGAGGACGCUGAUGUGCUCAGCAAUGUGGAGAAUCUCGUGCUUGACAUGGCCCGUACAUUCGGGGUGUCCUCGCGAGAUCACUUGAGCACAGAUGCAGCCGGUGAGUGCUUUGCGCUGGCCUGCCGACUCUACUACCAAUUCCUUCAGAGGAUCAUCGGCUCAGAGCUGUUGUUAAAGCCCCAUCUGAAGAUGGUCCAGCUGCUGAAACAGAGAACUCUGAGUGUCACACUGGUCGCCUGCUGCCUGGAGCUGGCCCUGCGCAUCCGGGAGGAUCGUGUGGAGGAACUAAAGUUUCCCUUUAUCUUGAAAUGUUACUCGCUGGAUGCGUACGAAUUUCAGAAAAUCCUGGAGCUGGUGGUGCGGCACCGCACAGGUCUGAUCGGCCGCGAUCUGAUCAAGCACCUACAGGCAGUCGAGGACGAGUGUCUCGGAUCGCUGAUGUUCCGCGGAGACUCGUCAUUUUGGAAAAUAUUAGGCAAAGCGCAGCGUGUGCCCAGCUGUAAAGAGGUUCAGGCCAGGGAAAAGGAGAAUGCUUUGGGAUCAGGACCGGAGGAAAAACCAAGGACCGGCUUUGUCAUCUGUCUGUGCAAGUUCUAUUGUCUGGCCAACCAACGCCUGGUUAACCUCUGCCAGAGCCUCGUCUUGAUGGAACAUUUUCCCAAAAUAUGGCUCAUUGCCGAGCACUCGUUUAUCCAACAGGGCGGAGAUCUCCUCAAGCAGCGGAAUCUCGAUCACCUGCUGAUAUGUGCCAUCCACUUGCAUGCCCGCCUCAAGCGCCUGCGCCUCAACUUUAGUCAGAUCCUCCAGCACUAUCGCUGGCAGCCCCACGCCCGCAGGGAAGUCUAUCGUGCGGUUCCUCUUGGCGAUGGCCAGUCCGGGGACAUCAUUGACUUCUACAACAAGGUCUACGUGAAGAGCAUGGAAGACUUUGCCCAGGGUCUGCGCAGUGCAAAGGAAGGUUUGCCUCUCCCAGCGCUUCAGGAAACAUUGCCGAAAAAAAAUGUGGUUUCAUUAAAUAUUACCGUUUGCACGCAAGUCAAGCCGAAGAAUCUUCAAUAUUGCAGCGGCACGUGGAUCAAAGUAAACAAAUCCAAGGCGGACCCGGAGGAUGAGUCGACUUUGGUGGAGCUAGAUCAACUGAUAAUAACGCCCCUGAAACGUGGCCAUUCCAGCAAUGAUCUUGGUCUGCUGGCAUCCCCGAAUGUACUCAAACGCCAGUGCAUACAGUGAUCCGACCUGAACCCACCCACAUUUCUGGCUACAUUUUAC